AUGCCGCGUAACAAAACCUCAAGAAGAAGUGGACGAGAUGGCAGUCAAUUCAAACUGGAUGGCGACCAUUGGUACAAACGACAGACAGGUAUCAAUAAUUUUGGUACUUUCGAAAUUCAUUUUUUGCACAUUUGCUGCCCACUAUGGCGCUACACCCUUUCAUCUUCCUGAUUUAGGUAAAAAAGUGGAUUGGAUGAAGUCUUGUGUAAUACGAGAACGUAUCAUGGAUUGGUUUCUCGAAGAGCCUGAGAAUUGCACAAAGGUCUCAUGCUUUCACAAUCCAGGCAUGUGCAUUGAUGCUCUUCACUUUCUUCAGGUAACUGGGUAUUUCGUGAACCUCGAAAAGUCCCUGUAGCCGGAUUGCAACCUUUUAGCCGCUGGUGACCGUGGAGGCACCCUCUCCCUGUUUGCCCUAACCGACCUUCUGAAGGACAGUACAUCUCACCCGAUUCUUUCGAAUGGGCACACCCACAAGGUCAGAUUGAAAAUCGUAGCGGUCAUACAACCGGUACCUUCAAUAUUAUUCUAAAUACCCUUUCUUCCAUUGACGGAAUAUGGUUUAGCAUAUUCGAAUUUGUGUAUCAAAUCCUACAUGAGCUAAUUGCCCCUGUAAUAGUUGUCCUAUCUCGUGUCUAUCUUAGGGUUGGAUAUGGUCGAUAACUUCAGAAGCUGACCUAAUAGCAUCAACUUCGUGGGAUGGAAAACUGCGACUCUGGGCCUACGGCGGGACAAUGCAAUCACCCCUCACCGAAUUCAAGUAAGUGCCUUGAUGCCUCUACCUCUAUUCACGCUCAUAAGUGCUAUCUACUCAUGUAGCUUAAGUAGGCAUAUUUUAUUAGCUCUGUGUAUCAUUUUGUAGACUGGGUUCUGCAGUCUUGUGUUCCGAAUUCCUGGACACAAACCUGAUUGCAGCAACUGCUUUCCAUGGACCGGUCACCGUUUACGAUGUGCGUGCACCUCCAACAGAAAUUGCCCUGUCCAGCAACUACCACAAAAGUGCUGUCCUCACUCUCAAGUCCUUUCAUUCCCUCUCUAACGAAUCAACUCAGGACCAGUUUCUUCCAACACUUUCCGAGCGCUCAGACGAUGCUGACGAUGAUGACGACUUUAGUCUGUCUGAUUCCAUCAGCCUUGUUGACAUUCAGUCUGCUGCCCAGGCCGGCCCAAUCGCUGAUCAGGGAGAUGAAUUAGACGCCGAAGCCAACUCUGAGCUACUAGAUUUAUCGCCAUCGGGUGAUGGAGUCCCUUCCGUACAGGGUCAGCAAGAACAGGAGCAAGAGCAACAACAGGCAGUCGUCUCCAAAGAUGUUACUUUUUUCACCGGAAGCCAGGACCGCCUUCUUGGGGCCUGGGACAUCCGCAACUUCCAGACCCCACUGUGCAAACGCAAGGUACAUCAGCCGCUAUCGUGUUUCUCUCAAUCUUGUCUCCUAGACAGCAUGACUUGAGAGACUGUUGGUGGGCUGGGCGAGAUCAGUCAUGCUCCUAGUGAGCGAACUCAUCUUGGUUGUAAACAGCGCUCAUUUCUGAAGCGGCAUGCAGUUCCAUAAGCGGCCUGGGCCGGCUGGAGCCAUUUUCCACUACAGCAGCCAUGAGCCAUGGUAGGAUUCGCUAACCAUCUUGAAUGCCAAAUGAUCCCGUCGAGAGACACACCGCUUGGGCUCUCAUGGAGCAAAGACUGGACAAUUUCCACUAAAUAAAUGCUGAUUCACGCGAUAUGCUUUGCCAAUGUCGUGGUGACGGGCGAAACAUCAUAUAAGAGCGAGUUUACCUUUCCAUGUACGGGGCCUGCGUUCUUGUGAAGUAUAGCUCCCAGGAAAUGGGUAACUAGCGUAUGUGCGCUCCGCGUAAACAAACACUCUCAUACCAUGUCAGCAACUACGUCCAGUCCCAUCAUCAGGCAGCGCGCUCCGUACUUGUCAGUGCUAUGGAAGCGGGUAGAGAAAAGUGGGAUUGACACGGGAACAAGUGCCCCCUGAAAUAUAUUCAUAUAGAGUACCUACUUAAUGGUUUUAAGUAGGCGCGUAAGAUCACAAAUCUGGGGUGCCUGCGCAAACGCUUUUACGCGUGGCUAAUAGAGAGCCGACUGAAGAUGAAGAAAAUCAGUCGAAAUGGUAAGAUAAGGCGUAAGCAGAACCUACAUGCCUUACCAUUUGGGGUAUGACGCUGCUAACCGGAUUGAUGGUAGGAAAUAAAAGAAGGGCGAAUGUCUGCCACACUGGCGACGACAUGACAGUUCAACCGUGAGGUCCAACUAUGUCCACCGUGUGCUCCGCAGCAAGGUGAGAGCAUACACGGUGACUUGUACGUGGAUUAGUUUAUGACGACAGAAGACCUGCGCAACAUCUGCUACACUCCUUCCUCCUCUCAACCAUCAGAACCUGUGGCGGUCAGGGAUGUGAGAUCAACUUAAACCACGCACAAUGUCUGUGUCAGUAGGUGGGGGGUGACUGGCUGAGUGCUGGUCAUGAGACUGGAUGGGCGGGGGGGGGGGUUGCGCAUAAUCACAGGGGCUCACGGGUAUCAAGCCAGGUCGUCCGACGCGCGUGGGGGAUAAUAGUUUGUGAGGGCAGCCGGGAGUCACUGCGGCUGGACAGGAGGGGCCCCAAUUCCAGCCAGUGUGGGUGGUCGUGUGUCAGCGGCCUGUCAACGCUUGUCGCGGCCACCGACCGACAGAACGGAGCCGGAGAAAAGGGGAACUGGCACGGCUGCUACAGUCUCACAGUUUCGAGCAUGUAACAAAUGGAAAGGUCUGGAAGACCGCUUCUGGCUGGCCAAGUAUAGAGCCCCGGUCUUUUAGUUUUGAGACUGGAGUAUACCUGACUGAGGACGAUGGAUAAGCCAGAAACGUCUGUUUUUGUCUCUUAUUUCUUCGUCGUUUGUAUUUCUCGAUAUUGUAGCAUCACCCCUUCUCACAACUCUCCUUCUACUCUGUCCGUAUUCCUCUCAUCCCCCAUUUCUGCCGAACAACAGUUUCGUGGCUUUCCGAGGGCAAUCUCCCUGCUGGACUCUGAGGAGAUGUGGGUGGCUGAGGUGCCUAAUCGUUUGCACGUCUGCAGCAUCGGACAACGGGAGCCGGAGGUGCUGCGGCCCGGGGGGAAGACCAGGAAAAUCCCCUUCCUUGGCGAUGUGAACGUAAGUCACCUGCUUGUCCUUGCGCUGCUCUCAGUUCGGAUUGCAAAAGGCCCCGGUUGCUGUUUUGCUGCAUCAUCUGAGGGAAGCUCUGCUCAUACGCUGGCGCCCCACGCGGCCGUAGUGUUUAUCAGUGUCCCUCUGUCUUAAUCGGGUAUGCUAAUGAGGUUUCUUGGUGGAUUUUGAGUACAAGCAAAUCCCCAGCCGUCGCUCAGAUUGUUUGUUUGAGAUUGUCUCCUCAACCGUAAGGCGAUGCUGGAAAGCGAACUGAUUUAAUUGCUGUGCACGGUUGUCACGUCACUGUGCUGUCAUCGGGCUUUGCGGCGCCGACGUGCCAGACCUUAGCCCUCCACGCCCUGGUAGCAUUAUCGCUGCUGGUCCCCAUCUACUUGCCCGCUAAAUCUGAAAGCCUGCUCAUUUCGCAGGCAGAUUUUGCUGUAGGACAGUUUCACUAUCCGCCACCUGUGGAUGCGAUGAGUAACCAGCAGUUAGGCGGUCAGAUGUGGUUACGUAGCCCCACCUGAAGUCAACAAACCCCAGCCACCUCUAAUACGGGACCGGUAGUAAUAGGGGGUUCUUAGAGGUGGGCCGGGGAACGCACAGACUACGAGGUCAAGUAAUUGCAUGCAAAAGAAAAGCUUUUUGGAAUGCGUGGUUGUACUUUGAGCGAUUGAGAAAUAGUUUCCCUAACCCCUAACCAUAACCCAUAAUCCACAACCACAACUCCUAACCCCAACCCCAACAGUAUUGUGUCCGUCAGAUGAGGCUACAUAAUCUGGCUCGACACAGCUCGUCAAGACAUGGAGGUGGUUCUUGGACCUUCGGUAUUUUGUGUCAUCGUUGGUGAAAAGAAUGGGUUAAACUGUCCAGGUCUACUGCUGUGGAUCGUCACGCGUGGAGAGGUUCAGUUCGGGACAUCAUCGAGACCGGCUAGAUCAGGCAUGAUCGCAACCGUGCCAAGUACAAGUCCACACCUAUCACCUUCCUCGUUUGCUAAAAUAAACCAUACGUACUUUCAUGCAAGUGUGAUGGGCAGUGGCGCAAAAAAUAUUCGAAAAUUUUAAAAAAGUUCUUAAAAGCGGAAAGAAUCUCUUUUCCGAUAACGAAUUUGAAGACGGCGUGAUUUGCUACCAAACGAAUACAAGAGGGAAUAUUUUUGUGGGUGUUUUUAACACAAUGUAUUUGAAUUUAUUAGGGCAUUGGAAAUCAAUGACAACAAUUAGUACGGCCGAAGUUGUCUUUUCUAGGGUUAACAUUUCGCGAGAUAGCACAUAUACUGUAGGCACCACCUAUGUAGUAUGGUUAGAUGCUCGUUGUUGCUUUGUUUUAAACGCCCCUAGCCUAUUUUUGAUUUUUCAGGUUCUUUUCUUUUCAAUCAUACGGUAGAUGACCUGACUCGUGAAAGGCGUCGAAAUUUACGAAUAAUUGCCAAUCACUCGCAAACCGACACCAAUUCAUGGAUCCGAUAUCUAUGUUAAUUAAGUACAAUUUCGAAAGAAGUAAAAACAUGAAAUACUAAAGGCAGUGUUGUGUUACACCGAAAUGUUGCUUUUUUUAGAAAAGCACAAAAUCUCGAAAACUUCAAAAAUGGCUUCAUUUUAGUAAACUUUGUUUUUAGAUGUAAAGAAUUUCUUCUCAUACAAAAACCAAGUAACUGUGGAAGUACACAUAAAAUAACGUUUAAAAGCAGUGCUUUAGUGAAUGUUACAUCUAAAUAUCCCUUAAGAAUUAGUGCAAUUUCAUUUAUGGCGGUUUUUCAACAGCCCAAAUUCUGAGUAUUGAUUCCAAAACAGUUUUCCAGGGAAUUCGUGGUAUUCUUAACUCGUUUGAGUUUACUGAGAUGCGGUUUAACAAGAGGAACGGGAGUAUGUUUGAUGUCAUCAAUGGGGACAUCGUAGGAGCAAAAUUUUUCAUCAGGUCACAUGCUACCAGGCCGAUCGAUGACUGAUAAAUUUGAAUAGACUUGACAGGCGUGAUCGUAAAAAUACCGUUUCGUGUUUAUCAAGAACACUUUUCUUUCCCUAAGCUAACUUACACUUUACGUUCGUUUUAGAUUACAUCGGCCCUGAAAUAUUGGUGAAUACUUUGUGAUUUUCAGCGUUUCCCCCCAUCGCACAUAAAGACAGAUUCCGUAUUAUGAAUCUGUUAAAAACUUUAAAAUAAGUUACUUUUUGAAGGCAUUUACUGAAGUAGCGAGUGCUUAUGCGUUCUUUUUCAUAAGGGGUGUCGUUUGGAUCACAUUUAAACCAUGAAACAUCAUUUUCGACUAUAGUGGCCGUCGACAACGAUAGUCAGCGGCGAAUAUGCCCUCCAUCAAUUAGAAAACUUCUAUAGGUUACCUCAUUAAGGAGUGCUUUAGUACUGCACUUCCCCGUGUACUUCGCAUUUUUGCAUGGUGAGGCCAAGAAGAAUUCGGCACUUUUGGCCGUUUCUUCCAUGGUCCUCAACAAUACUAAUAUUUUUCUACCAUAAACCUAAGAACAUGUCUUAUAUGUUCAAAACUGGAAAUGACCGUUUGGUGGUGGUCAUUUCUGUGACAACAAGUAGAAUUUUCUAAAUGGUGAAACAAUUUCGGCCCAGUUAGAAGAAGGAUUCCCUGUGUGCGUUUUUAAUGCACUUCAGGGUACCAAAUCGCACAGAAAGGCUAAUAUGACUUCUAAAAAUCGAUAAAGCAUCUGGUUUUCUUAAAAUAACCAUUAUGUAAACAAGUUAAUCACCACGGUUAGCAUUGGUCAAAAAAUAAAUUUUCAAGUCCGGCAACCUCCGUUUAUUAAAACUCUCGCGAGUAAAUUACUCUCAUUUCAAUGAAAAACGCACUCAGAUGCGCAACCGAAGUCUAGGACAGGUAUUAGCGUGGGAAAGUGCACGAAUAUGUCGCAGCGUCAAUUUCCGCUAAAAUUUAUGAACAUUUUGCUCAGUAUAGUUCCGUGAACACAAUUUCUGCUCCAGAGAAGGACGUUUCACUGAAGUGGCAGGAUGGGCAAGUAAAAUGCACAACGUGUAGGACGUCCAGAAAUUCUCGCAUCCGUUCCCGUUAUCAGGUUGCAUGAGAUAGGUCGCGUGCUAUGUCUUAAAGCUGAAUCUGAUGUCGGUUUUGUCCUUGAAUUUCCCUUUCUUAUAACUUCCGACCUUGGGAUUUCACGCGGACAAUUUCCACGAGGAAUUUUCCCAGAUAUCUAGCCGUGAUCGCAAUUAGAAGGUGCAUUCCAGAUACGUCAUCAGCCACUAUUGGACCUCCCCCCACCCCCACCAAACAGGCGACGCUGUUGCUCUGUUUAUAAAUGCCUCCCCGUACUUAGGUAAUGACUCUCCUCAAAAACCAAGGAUGUACUGUCGAUUCAGGCGCCUGCUUGACUAAAAACAUUGGUUCCACAUCUUGAUAUCGGAGCGGAGGAAACUGUAGCUUUUAGCAGCAUUUCUGCAAUUGCAGCUUUCGCUAAAGUCUCUAAACCGCCCUCGCCGUCACCCUCCCCUACCUCCCCCCGUUUUUAGGUCUUUGGAAUGCCCGAACGCUGGAAGGGAUUUGGAAAUCUUCAGGUCACCCCGGGCGCGGUCUUCCUUACCGGUCUGCCUGGUGAUUUGGCGGUUCUUCACCCAACGAUACCUCCACUGCCCAUGACCUCGACACCCGUCCACUCGGAAAUCGGAGUCCCACCCGUAUGCGUAAGUCCGUUGACGCAGCAAAACCGUACUACAACUACUACUGCUACUACUACUACUACUACUACUACUACUACUACUACUACUACUACUACUACUAUUACUACUACUACUACCACCACCACCACCACCACCACCACCACCACCACCACCACCACUACGGGCAUUACUACGACUGCUAUUACGACUACUACUGCUGCUGCUGCCGCUGCGGCUACACCUGCUACUGGUGCCUUUGCGAUUGUCUGUGAGGGCACUGAAUUGUGUGCGAAGGCUUCGUGGCGCGAGCAUGUCUCGUAACCCAACCGGUGAAAAAAAUCUAACAUGUCGAGCGUUUGACCCUCACUGUUUUGGUUAGAAUCUCGAUCCCAUUCUGUCUGCCCGCCAGCUAGCUACUGACACCACGUUUGUUGUUGGCCGGUUUCCCUCGUCUUCUGAAAGAGGAAACUGUGGUUUUUCUGUUGUGCGGAGCUAUAAGCCAUAGCCAACUUGACUUCCUGAUGAGCCGAACCCCUCGCAGCUGUGGCAUGCAGCAGCAUUUAACAGCUGUUGCCGACUUGGUACCCGAGCCCGAGAGCUAGGCUUCGACAGCCGGUGACUAGUUCUGCGAAGUCUGGUUUGUUGAGAGGAAGGUGACAGAAAUUUUAUCUGCCGCUUUUUUGCUCUCACAGUCGCACCCCCAUCGCCCUGGACGAAUGCAGGAUCUGCCAAUUUUAACAGUUUUGUGGUGGCAUAGCAACUGUGUCCUAGGCAUAGAGCGAUCCCUGUGCAUCCGCUGGCCCUAUCUAUCGUUGUGUCUUGUUCCCGUCAUUGAGUCUUCUUCCUCUCGAACGCUUCCUGGGUCUCCGCUUUUCGCUUGAUUGAUUCGUAUCAGUUGCGAGAGCGGCACGCUUGUCGUACGCAGAUAUCCAAGUUCCAAAUAAGGAGACCUGGCGGAGUUUUUGGACUGGUACAACGAAGAGCCACAGAACAAGCAACCACUGUAGGGGAUAUUUGAUGAGCCAACAGUCAGUCUAAUUACACAGGCCAGACUAAACACAUGCGCGGAUACACGAACGCAAGUUGGUAGCGUGAUGGAGUAAUGAAUUAUCACAAGUGACUACCCACACACACAUUCGGAAUGGAUAACCAGCUUAAUUUCGCAGCGACUGAGAUAAUUGCUCAAGUCGGAAGCGAAACCAGCGGGUAGUUUAUCAAAGCCUUAGUAGUUACCGCAUACGGUGCCGAGACUUUGUCUGGGCCUGGGUUAUUCACCGCGAGGGGAGCACUUUGUUCUGUGAAAAUAUCGGUGAACCAAAUGGCCGAGCCAUUAUCACAUAGAUAAUUGACACUAGUGAUAGAGUUGGGACAAUGGUAGAAAGUCGUUAACUGAUCGUGCCGCGGAACUCAUUAAUCCCGUUGAGCUUUAGGGCUCUCUCUCGAGCCUCGCCAGCUGCCUCACAGCGGCGCGUUUCGGAUUCUCACUCAUCAUCAAAGACCGUUGUAAGAAAAGGUAGUAGAUAGAUAUUGGGCGCAGCGACCCGGCAGUCGCAUGCCUAAAGUAAUUUGCAGCCCUUACGUUCAUCGGUGGGCGUCGUAUUUAAUGCUAUGAUUGCUUGUUGGCCCGCUCCCAAGUCCUUAAAAGCUGUUAUUUUACCACCGUUGUUGACACGCCAUGAAUCAAUAACAAUGAUGAAAUCACGGCCAUUGAAGACUCGGAGCAAUCAUCACAUCGAAUACGACGCUCAGAGAUGUACGCGAGUGCUGCUUACUAAUGUGGGCAUGUGGUUACCGGGCAACUACGCACCAUGUUCGAGUGAGAAUCCGAAGCGUCAGGCCAGUAAAGUUCUUGUUCCAACGGUCGCAUCUUCUUAUUCCCAACUACUCCCUGGAACUCUCUUAUUCGCCCCCCCUAUGGACAAUGCGUAGAGGUGUUGUGAGAUAGAAGAGAACCAGUCAAGGGGACAGGAGCAAUUACUAGGACCGGUAAUGACAGACAUAAGCCGAGGCACAUAGAGUGCAUCGUUCACGGUAUUUGGUUGAUCCAAAUAUUGAGAUCCGAGUACGAGACCGGAACUGCAGACGGAUAAAAUUCUAGUUCCGGCCACAUAGUCUGCUUCCUCUCAAAUACUUCCUCCGGCUCGAAAAGUUUGGUUAGUGUCGGUUGAGGGAGUAGGCUGGUGUCAUGCGGAGUAUUUGGUAAGAGGGCGUUCGAUGCUGUGCAAGAUUCCCUCGUUUUGAUCAAAUUAACUCAUAAGUCACCCCUUCUUCCCUGAUUACUGCUGACCCAUGUUUAGCAUAAUAAAUUAACCAUCCAAUGGAGGCUCGAAUCAGUGUGUGGAUCUGUUAUCCUUCUCCGGUUCUGCGCGCGAAUUGGCAACAUUCUCAAACAGGGGAGUGCGUCUCUCCUUCUGCCCACGAUUCUGAUUUUUUCUACAGAGAAGUUUUAUUUCCGUUUUUCCCGGAAACGGUUGAAUGGUGGAGGGGGGGGAGGGGAGGGGGGGUUUGCCUUCUCGAUCUGACCAGGCCGUGCCACCUGGGACGAUAACAAUGAUUAUGAAGUUGCUUGCCUGUUAAACCUCCAACUGUUGUACACUUCCUCCUUGCUGGACUACUUUUGUUACAUUAUAAAACCGUGGAUGUUGAGCUGAGCUGUCUGCUCCGAGCAGACAAUAGCCUGGACAGGAUCCUACAGGAAAGAAGGUGGGGGUUGGCUUGUGACGCAAAAUUCUCCAGUUGCACGGCCUUGAUAUUGCCCCGGCAAAUGUUGACUGUCCGUUAAUUAGAGAGGACUUGUGGGUACAUGCGGUGAGUGACCGAAGUUGUGAAAUCCGGUUUUGACUAGGAAGGAUUGCUUAGGCGGGGUCGUAAAAUUGACCAUCAUACAACAUAAUCCUGCAGCAUUUUGGACUCACUAGGAUGGUGGCUUUUGAAUGCACUUCUUUUCGACCUCCUGCAGAAAUCACACUCAGUAAAAAUUAUUACUUAAGUGGUAUGCAUUUUUUCAUUGAUUUUCGAUGCCCUUAAAGAUUUAAUUAUAUUUCAUCUGAAACAUGCAAAAAGCAUUAAUUCUUUUGCUCAUUCAGUAGGAAAUUAAGUCUUCUAAUUUUACACUCGAAGGAAGGGUAUAAUUUGGUUUUAUAAAACUUUUCCAAUUCCCGAAUAAUUUUAAACCCCGACCUGCCGUAACACUUGCAUUCAGAGUUCCCAAACUACAGGCUUUGUAUUUUCCGCGUACGGAAAACCAUACAUUUCUCUACGGUAAUGAAGGCGGACCAUUAGGGUGCAAAAAAUUACGCAGUGAAUUUGAGCCGCAUUGUUAACUGUACAGGCCACAUUGGUAAAUGCAGAGACAUGACGCUUUACGAACGGCCAUUUCACGGUAUUAAAAAAAUCUUACAAUUAGAAACUUUUUUAAAGACUGUAUUUCACCCUUCAUUCGAGUGGAAAACUGAAAGAAGACGUAAUUUUCUACUGAAUGUGCAAAAGAAUGAAUAUUUUUAUGCAUGUUUUCCAUAAAACAUAAUUCAAUCUUUAAGGGCAUCGAAAUCGAUGAAAAAAUGAAUACUACUUAAGUAGCCAUUUUUUGCGAAAUGUGCUUUUUGGGUGCAGCCGAAAAAAAGUUUGUUCGAAAGCCGCCUUCAUUACCGUAGAGAAAUGUACGGUUUUCGUGCGCGGAAAUUAUACGACUUGUAGUUUGGGAAGCCUGAAUGCAAGUGUAACGGCAGGCUGGAUUCAAAAUUAUUCGGGAAUUGGGAAAGUUUUAUGAAACCAAAUUAUACCCUUCAUUCGAGUGCAAAACUGAAAUAAGACGUAAUUUGCUACUAACUGAGCAAAGGAAUUAAUGCUUUUUGCAUGUUUUCCAUGAAAUAUAAUUAAAUCUUUAAGGGCAUCGAAAAUCAAUGAAAAAAUGCAUACUAUUUAAGUAGCCAUUUUUACGGACUGUGGUUUGUAGAUGCAGCCGAAAAGAAGUUUGUUCUAAAGCCGGCGUCCUGGGGUAACUGAAUUAUUAUAGAAUUAUGCUGCACGAUGAUUGGUUUUACAACCCUACUUAAUUAAUAUUUUCAAAACGGAAACGCAUUCCAGAAUUUCUGUUGACAUUUCAUGAGUUAGCCCACCUACUGUAGCGCACUCUCUCCCCCUCCCCCACCUGGGCCGCCUCCUCCUCCUCCUCCUCCUCCUCCUCCUCCUCCUCCUCCUCAUCCUCAUCCUCAUCCUUAUCCUCAUCCUCUUCCUUAUCCUCAUUCUCAUCAUCCUCCUCCUCCUCCUCCUCCUCCUGCUCCUCUUACCCCCCAUCGCUGCCAUUAUUCUGCCACACGCUUUCUGUUUGAGUCCACUACUCUACGCUCCACUUUCUCCUACCCCUAGCUCGCCUACCGGAACGAAGUCCUUGUGGUGGGUCACGGAAAUGGCUCAAUGCGACUUUGGAUGUCCAAGGAUAGGGCAGAUGCCCUCUUGCUCAAGUCCACGGUUUCGCUCGUUUAG